GCAGCAGCAGCAACAAGCAUGGAUUGCAGCCUGCAGAACAGAAGUGCGCUGCUCAACAGUAACGGGCUGAAUGACAGGCAAAGUAUGCUGGCGCUGCAGCCUCUGUGGGACUUUGUCAAAACCCAGGAGCCUUUGGUCAGGUCGCCGUUCUUCCCGGUGCUGUUCAACUUUACGAUAUACACGGCUUUCUGCCUGCCUUUCAUUGCUCUGGACUUCUUCAGUUCUCGAAUAUCAGCCUUGAGAAGAUACAAAAUCCAGCCCCAGAACUCCCCUACUCUGGGAAUGAUGGCACUUUGUGUGGCUCAAAGCCUCUAUCACCACAUCGUCUGUAUCUUCCCAGUGACCGUUGCUCAUUGGUACUGGAGACCCGUGAGCUUGCCACAGGCAGCCCCGGAGCUGCCAAGACUUUUCCUGCAUGUCAUUGUUUGCCUGCUGCUCUUUGACUUCCUCUACUUCCUGUGGCAUUUGCUCCAUCACAAGGUACCUUGGCUCUACAAGACCUUCCACAAGGUCCACCACAAGCACGUCUCUACAUUCGCUCUCACCACCCAGUACUCAAGCAUGUGGGAGUUGCUCUGGCUGGGUUUCUUUGCCGGGAUGGUUCCGAUGCUGCUGAAUUGUCAUCCGUUGACUGAAAUGACUUUCUUCAUCGCCAAUAUCUGGCUGUCAGUGGAGGAUCAUUCCGGCUAUGACCUGCCGUGGUCAACCCAUAGACUGGUGCCUUUGGGUCUGUAUGGAGGAGCUCCGCACCAUGACCUCCACCACUUGAAGUUCAAAUUCAACUACGCGCCUUACUUUACGCACUGGGACCGAUUGUUUGGGACUCUUAGCCACGCUGCCGUGGAUAACAGCGCACCUGCAAAGACCAGCAGAGACUGACUUCUAGCUCUCCUCCUGGAGGUAUUCUAUGGACAUUCUCGAGUGAAAAGAGACUGAAAACAAACUGAAAAAAGUGGAAACGGACUGAAAAGAAAUGCAAUGCACACGUUUAUAUGAAUGUAUUUAUGAAUUUUUUUAAAUUAAGUAUUUAUUACCUAUUCUUAUUUGGUAUUAAAACAGCUGUGAUGGUACAAACCAUCUGUGGGAGAGGAAAGUAGAACACACUUUUCUUACAGCAACCAUAGCUUUUAUAAAGCUGUUGUGUGUAGUCAGGGUGUAUGGAAGAGAGUUUUUGCUUGCUGAAAUGAGAGGAUGGGUGGCGAGAGUAGAAAAAUGGCUAUUAAUGAUUCCUGUGGAAAUCGUCUUGCACUGUGAAAAAAGAACAAAGAAGAAAGUGUCCUAUAAACAUUUCUGU